AUGCCUCGUCUUCUCGUGUUUGCGCUUCAUGCAUUAGCCAUCGGUAAAGUUGCUAUUGCAACAGCAGCAGGAACUUUGGAUGAAUGGCUGGCCUCUGAGUCAAACCUUGCUUUGGAGGGUAUCCUCAAGAACACUGGCUCCACUGGGCAGUAUGCAAGAUCUGCCGAUGCGGGAGUUGUGAUCUCUAGCCGAGAUCCUGACUAUUACUUUACUUUCACCAGAGACGCAGCUCUCACGGCGGGGACAUUGGUGGAAUUGUUCCAGAAUGGCAAUGCGAGCUUGCAGAUCCCACUCACCACUUAUGCAAAUUCACAGGGCUAUCUGCAGACCAUCUCCAAUCCUGCCGGUUCCUUAUCUGCCGGUGGCUUGGGAGAACCCAAAUUCGGUGUGGAUCAGACUGCGUUCACUGGCGCAUGGGGUCGACCUCAGCGUGACGGGCCCGCUCUCCGAGCAUCAAGCUUAAUCAACUUUGGUCAUUGGCUCAUUGACAAUGGCUACUCAAGUUAUGCGGAGGACAAUGUCUGGCCAAUCGUUCAGAACGAUCUCUCGUAUGUCGCCCAGUUCUGGAAUCAGACUGGUUAUGACAUUUGGGGUGAUGUCAUUGGAUCAUCAUUCUUCACCGUUGCUUCUCAGCACCGCGCUCUUGUCGAAGGAAACACCUUCGCCAGUCGUAUUGGCCGCUCCUGCUCCUGGUGCCAGUCACAAGCACCACAGGUGCUCUGCCAUCUGCAAGACUUCUGGACAGGCUCUCAUAUCCUGGCCAAUUUCGCGGGUGAUAGUGUGCGUUCGGGAAAGGAUGCAAGUACAAUCCUCGCAAGCAUCCGCAGCUUCGAUCCCGAGGCAGAGUGCGACGAUCUUACUUUCCAGCCAUGCUCCCCAAGAGCACUUGCAAACCACCUGGCUAUCACCGAUACCUUCCGCUCUGCUUAUCAGAUUAACUCAGGGACCGGUUCCGGUGCCGUAGCUGUUGGCCGCUAUCCUGAAGAUGUGUACAGGAGCGGUAACCCUUGGUUUCUGACAACGUUGGCAGCGGCAGAGCAACUCUAUGAUGCAGUAUACCAGUGGAACAAAAUCGGAUCGAUUACCAUAACGCAGACCUCAUUGACAUUUUUCCGGGGUGUCUAUCCUUCAGCCCUCAUAGGAACUUAUUCUUCCUCCAACGAAACAUUUACAUCCAUUGUCAGCGCUGUCAAAUCUUAUGCGGAUGGGUUUUUGAAUAUAUCCAAAACCUACACCCCAACCGACGGUUCUCUCUCGGAACAGUUCAGCAAGGUUGACGGGUCCCCGAUAUCUGCCCGCGAUCUGUCCCUCUCCUAUGCUGCACUCCUGACCGCUAAUCUACGCCGCAACUCCGUCGUGCCACGCUCUUGGGGAGCGAAGAACGUCAACAAGGCAUCCGAGUGCUCUGCUACAUCUGCUACCGGAACCUACGGUACUCCGACGAAGACUCUAUGGCCUUGCACUAUGACUAGUGGAAGGGAGACUACAACUACAUCUUUGACCUCAGCUGCGACGACAACGACGAUAUCAUCAUCAACAACAACAACAACGGCCUGUGCAACUCCAACCACAGUUGACCUUUCAUUUAACGUAAUUGCUACAACAACCAGGGGUCAAGAUAUUUUCUUGGUUGGCUCAAUCGACCAGCUCGGAAACUGGGACACAAAUCGCGCAGUUGCGCUCAGGGCGGAUAAGUACUCCGAUAACAAUCAUCUGUGGUAUAUAUCCGUGGAUCUACCAGCGGGCGUGAAUUUCGAAUACAAAUACAUUCGAAAGCAGAAUGGCGGGGUCACCUGGGAAAUGGAUCCCAAUAUGCGCAUGGCUGUCCCGAGGGGUUGCGAUAUUGGCACGGCGGAAGUUAAUGAUACUUGGAGAUAG